AUGCGGCUCCGAGGCCCCCCUCUCCCGAGCCCCCUGCUUUCUCAGGCCCUUCCUCGGACUCAGUGCAGAGCUCCGUGUCACUCGUGGGAUCCCCGGCCUUACGUGACGAACACGGGCCCCCUCAGGUCCCCCCACCGCCCAACCUGGUCUAGAAGCGCAUUCACAGCGGCACAGGGGGAGCCGGCUGAGAACGCCGAACGACAGAACCAUGGACAGCGACCCUGGCCCCGCUCGGAGGACUGGGCGGGACCCUCGUCCGCAGACGGACGACCCCCCUCCCUCCGGCCGGCGGUGCGCUCCCCUCCCCUCCGCACGCCCGGCCGGAGGGGCGGGGCGGACCAGGCUAAGCCGGGCCCUCUCCUGGGGGGCGUUUCUCCCUGUCACGCUGCCGCAGGUCCUUCCCAGUGA